AUGCGUCCUUCUGUCGUAGAGGGACAGUCAUGGGAGAAUAUCGAGGAGACUCGUUCGACUCCUAGUAGCGUGAAAGCUUUAUUGAGGGAAUGCGAAGGAACCGGAGUGACCUUUUUGAUCCCAACUAGAUCUCAGAGGCUGUGGUCCCCUCCUUUGGGAUUUCAGUGCGUCUAUGAGUCAUACUUUCAGGAUGAGACCAAACUUUGGUUUCCAAUUCCUCGACUAAUCACAUCUUAUAUGAGACGUCGUGACGCGGCGAUAAGUCAAGUUUUUAAUGGCGCGUUCCGUACCUCAGUGGCAUUGAUGGUGACUGCGGCGGAGAUUGACGUUUCGAUGAGUGUUCGGACACUCGAGGAGUUGACCUAUACGAAGUCCAUGGGCGAUGGUUUAUUCUCGAUCCAGAUGAGGCCCAACUACAACGUGAUCGUCGAUCAUCCGUGCAGGACGGCGCACUGGCAGCUUGAUCAUCUAGACACGGCCUCUUAUCUGGAAGAUUUCGUCUCUGAUGCUCGUGCAGUCGUUUCGCACGUCCAAGUGAGCUGGAAAGAUAUCACCAUCGAGAGGAUUCGACGAGUGCUUGACAGAAUCUCGAGGAGGGAUUGGAGGUCUGAUCUACUACCUUUGAUUACUGGUAACAAGCGGCGGUUUUCGAUAUUCAGUAGUGCCGAGCAAAAGAUCAUCGACGCGGCCAGGGAAAUGAAAGAGCUCCCAGAUUUGAGUGCAUUAAUCAAGAAAAAACUGAGCGAGGCGAAAAAGGCAUCCUCUGCGACUCCUAGUGAGAUAACUCCUAGCGGGACGACUCUUCGCAAAGAGACUCCUCGCGAGGAGACUCCUCGCGUGAAGACUCCUCGUGGAGCAAUUCCUCCCGCCCCUCUUCCUCUUGUGAUUUCCCCCGGACCGUCUACAGGCCCGGGUAACGUCGACUCUUCGAGGGAGGAUCUCACAUUGAUCUCUGAACGAGAAACUGCUGAACCAUCAGUGACUGGUGGUAAUAAGAAGAGAUCUGCUCCUGACUCUUCUGCAUCGGCUGCUUCUCAAGCGAGGACUGAAUCUGAUGGCGCCGAGAAUUGUGAGACCGUUACCGAGAAAGGUUCUUCUCGCGAUGCUGCAGCUCGGGGAGUCGUCGACUCGGACAAUUCCUCGUCCAUCUCUCUGAAGAAGAAGAAGACUGCCCGCAGUCAUGAGUCGUCUACUCCGGCUGCGUCUGCUUCUGCUGCGAAGACUUCUCCAGCUGCACCUCGGACUCUCGUUGAAGGCAGUUCGGCCUCUGAGGAUCGUCGGGUCAAAUUUCAUGACCGUGUGGAGUUCAAGUACGUCGGCGAGACUCCUCUUUCUUUUGCCCCGACUGACUGUGCUGAGCUUGUUCGGCAAAUUAAGGGUGGUCGCAAGGACUUUCCUGCUGUCAAGGACCUUAUUUUCAAGGACGCAUACGUCGAUGCGGCGAGGACCAAAAUUCUGAGCGACGGGAGCAUGAACUACGUCGUCGAGUUAUACGACUCAGCCCUUAAGGAGGCCAUGUCCAAGUUAAAGCAUGCCGACAAGCUCGCUCGAGCGAAGGAUGUAGCUAUUGACCGCAAGACGAAGGAAUUUAAAGCGACAAUUGAUAAAGUCGCGGAGGACCGGGCUCAACUGAUUGAGAGGAAGAAGGCUCAGAAGGCUCAUUUCCUGGAGAAAUUCGGGGAGUUGAAGGAUAAAUUUGAGGCUGCGGGUGCAAAGAUACGAGGACUCGAGGAGGAGAAGAAGGCUUGGUUAAGAGAGAGGGCAGCCAUGGAGGAGAAGAUGGUGUCCACCGCGCUGAGACACUUCAAAGAGGUCAACAGAUUGAGGGACUCUCGAGGUUAUGAGGUUACUCACGAGCGGUUUCGUGUGCAAACAGCCAUGAUUGCUAAGAGCAAUAAGCGUUUCUCCCAAAUUCGAGAUCUCGAGAAGCGUCGUAGUGAGUUCGAAACAGCCAGAUCCUUGCAGAGCCAAGCUUUUGGGACAAAGAAAUGUCUCGAAGCGCUUAAGGAGAGAGGGAUCGACAUUCCGCAGGAGACGAUUGACUUGUUCGCCACACAAGAGAAAGAGUACAAGGUUGCGGCUGAACGCCUAGCUGUCGAAGGGAUCCCCGAGGAGCUUCUCUGUCUUUCUCCUCUUCAUCUUCGAUCUCCUUUUCUAAACGAGAAUGUGUGGGCGACGAUUGACCCAUAUGGAUCGAAUGCGGGCCUGAUUGAUGCUGGGACCGCUGAUUUCCUUCAAACUCCCAGUAGUUCUCAAGGAGAUCGCGCGAAUGAAGGAUCUGUAGAACCGACUGGAAGAGAGCUCGGGGAAUUACCUCUUCAAGAAGGUGGGAUCGUUGGCGAGGUCGUAAGGCUCGAGGAUACGACCGUUGCAUCUGCUUCGGAUCCGACUAUGCUCUCCACCAGCCUUGUUGUGAAUGAAGAUCCGCUGGUCCCGGUUCUUGGGAUUAACGUCGAGACGGUGACAGAGCCUGUUAAUCUACUUGAACUCUCAGACUCUUCGACUGAAGAAGAGGGUGACACACAAUUGGAGAACACCGAAUCCGGCUUAGUUGGUAGCCCGCAAAAUGAAGAGGGAGCGGUUGACGAAACUGAUAAUCUGCCGGUUCUGCCAGCGGACGCGACUGGGGAGGCUUCGGAUCGGCUCACUGCUCAGGUCGUCGAGGGGGGCUCCGACCGUGUCGAGGACUAG